GAUUUUAUAAAGGAAAGUAGAGAGGUUUGUUCUGAAAUGCAGUGCAUUUCUUUUAUAGAUAAAUUGCACUCUUUACCCUGCUGAAAAAGUCACAGGAAUCAUAGCAUGUCCAAAUACAAUUGCACCAAUCUGCGGAUCAGAUGACGUUACGUACAGCAAUGAAUGUGAGAUAUGUAAGAAAAAUAUGGAGCGCAACAGAAAUAUUGGUAAGAAACACAAUGGAGAAUGUGAGGAGAUGAUUCCUACUCAAGAGUUUUACUGCAGACAAUUCUCCCCAGAAACACACGAUUGCACACAAGACAAUGAUCUUCACUGUGGUUCUGAUGGCAAGACCUAUAAGAACAAGUGUGAAUUCUGCACUGCUGACCCAAAUGGCAGUGUUCUUCUCCUUGAGCAUUUGAGGGAGUGCUGAGUAUAUGCUGACUUUCAGAGAAAACCCCUUGGCUUAUUUUCUGAUAGCUGGUGUUGCAUAAAAAGUUCUACUUUGGUAUUUUUAUUAAGUCUAACUGUAUUUUGUUUUGAUUUCUUGUGUGUUGUUCCAAUGCACACAAUAAAUUUGCUAAUUCUUU